GCAGAACUUUGCAUCCUGGACUCAUUACCUCCACUCAUUGGGAAACUAUCUUCUUUCUUUAUUUUCUCGCCGAUCUCUAGCGUGAAUCGCUAGCUUUAUGUCGAAUGCUUCGGGUGAUGAACUGGAAUUAUAAUCCGACCACGUCAACGCGGUAAUCGUCGCAUGGACCGAGCCCAACACCAAAGGGAGCCAGCCAUAACAGUUGCUGGCUCUCCAGAAUACCCCCAGUCGAGAAGACCGUCAGGGUUUGGGCAAGACUUUCUUCACACCGCCCUACCCCAGCACGACAUGGACAGGCGGCAUGAGUCUCCUCAUUCGAGAUGGCCAGAGCAGCACCCGGCUCUGAUCAAUACGCACUCGUCACAGCCAGUCGAGCUACCUCAUCCGUACACAAGCGUCUAUCAUAGCAACCAACCAGCUGGCCAAGGCGGGUCCCAGCGUUACUUCUCCAGCAGACAGCCGUCGCCGGCGGCACCGCCUCCCUGGGACACUGGCCUGUUUCCACUCAGACCACCUCUGGAGAGAUGGCCCGGCGAGCGUCCCAACCAGAUGCUCGGGACCAACAGGGGGCUCGAUCCACGGGAGAUGGCCCAGAUGGCCCUGGCCCCGGCGGCGCGCCCAGGCAUGUCAGCCAGCACCGAGGGGAGCCGCGCGGCAGAGACGCUGCCACCGUGUCCCAUCGCAUUAGCCGACGAGGUUGACACCGCGACGCGAACGCGGGAGAAGAGCACGGCCAGGAAGAUCCAGAGAAGGACAAAGACUGGAUGUCUCACUUGUCGGAAGAGGAGAAUCAAAUGCGACGAGCAGCGACCUGCCUGUAACAACUGCACCAAGGCGAAGCGGGAGUGCCUGGGCUACGAGGUCCUCUUCCGCGAACACAACGGCGUCAACCCUCUCGCCAGGGCCGCCUCUGCCACAUCCAGCAACCCGCCCUCGCCCAACCACCUGGCAUCGUCGCAAUCGCCCAGCGUCGCAUCGUUGACCUCGCCAUUGCCGGCACCAGCAGCGUUGGCCGACUACCCCACGGGCACCCACCAGGCUGUACUGGAAUCUGUGUACAGCUCCCUGCAACAGCCUCCCCACGGGUAUUAAGCGCACGAAAAGGAGCUGCAGACAGUUGGGUGUAUUCUCGCCGCCCCAAGACAUGAGGGUGGACCAACUCCUGUCCCAGGUGUGCGUGAUGCCCGACUCACCCGCCAAUGUAUACGAUGAUGCAU